AUGAAUUUUCACUUAGAAAAAACAAACAACACCAUAGAAACACAAGAUGAAGUUCAGUUCAUAACAAAAAAGCUCUUUCUCCACUACAAGGGUGACAUCCUUGAUUACAUGACAGGAUUGGAUCUAUCCAGUAACAAACUUACAGGUGAAAUUCCAGAUGAACUUGGGUUGUUGAGCCAGAUUCAUGCUUUGAACCUGUCUCACAAUCAGCUGACUGGGCCCAUUCCAAUGAACUUCUUAAAUCUUGCAAAGAUAAAGAGCUUGGACCUUUCUUCAAAUGGCUUGACUAGAAAAGUUCCAUCCGAACUGAUUAAUCUUAUAUCUCUAUCUACUUUCAAUGUUUCUCACAACAAUCUCUCAGGCAGACUCCCAGAAAUGAAAGCACAGUUUCGUACCUUCACAGAGGCAAGCUAUGAAGGGAAUCCACUUCUUUGUGGAUUGCCAUGGGAGAAGAUGUAA